AUGUCUCGCGGGCCCGUCCUCAAGACGACCCAGACCCUCCUCCGGUCUCUCCAGCUGACCGGUGCCGUCGUCAUCCUCGCCAUCUACUCAUACACCCUCGGCGCCCUCGCGAAUCGGGGCCUCUCCACCCCAACGUUUGUCCGCGCCGUCGAGGGCAUCGCCGGUAUCACCGUCGCUUACGCCAUCGCCUGCCUCAUAGCCAACCGAUUCUUCGCCGGCCGCACAUUUCCCUCAUUUAUCAACAUGAUCCUCGACGUCGCCUUUGCUUCCGCCUUUAUCUACGUCGCCGUCGCCAAUCGCGGCGGCGCGGGGAGCUGCUCCGGCGAGGUCGACACCGCCUUCGGCAAGGGCGAUGCCGCGGACAAGGUUAGCGACGACGAUCACGGCGGCUUUAUGGCCCUUCCCAAGUACGGCGACGCUUGUCGCCUCCUCGCCGCCUGCCUCGCCGUCUCUAUCCUCAUGAUAUUCAUGUUUAUCGGCUCCAUCGCCACCUCCCUCUACCUUGGCCGUAACCACCACCGCGAGAAGCGUCAGACGCUCUCCAUGUCGCAGGAGCCCCUCAAAGAUAGUGCCUCCACCUCGUACCCGGGCUCCUACCCUGACGAUCCCUUCGCCCCGGCUGUCCCGGAUAAAAAGAAGGGCUGGUUACGCUCUCUCUUCUCUCGCAACCACCGCCACGCCGCUACCUUAGUCGCCCCCGAGAACGUCCUUCCCCAACACACCCAACCACAACAUCUCAACGGCCGCCCCAGCUUUGAGCAGCAGCAGCAUUACGACGGCCCCCGUCCCCCUGAGCAACGCUUCGGCGCCGAAUCCGAUCUUGGCCUAGCCAACGCUGGCACCACGGGCAGCAACAACAGCACUAGCCGCUUACACCGCUUUGGCACCCAGGGCUACCAGCGCGUCCCCGCCCCUCCGGCUCCCGAGCCCGGCCUCGCCCGCUACGAUAGCUAUCCCGCCCAGGCCGUCUCUCCGAUCGACGAUGGCCCCGCACCCUUCUCCAAUUCCUUCCGCCAGCGACAAGAACAGCAGCAGCAACACCCUCAUCAACAACGACCCUCCCCUUCGUACUCAGACGUCGGGUUCCGCCCUUCUCCCACUCACCAAGGCCACCCCGCCGGCCCCCGCUCCACCGCAACUCCUUCCCUCACCUUGUUGCCGGUACUUACCACCCCCUCCGCCUCUCUACCCGCCAGCACGAUUUACUUCCCCAUGGGCCCCUACGAAAACCUGAGGCCCGUCUCCCGAGAUCCCCGCUCUGCGCGGAGCCAGCCACAACUUCAGGCGCGACCGCAGGGAUACGAGGCGCCGCCUGCGAACAGAUACUCGGACGGCGUGUACAAUGCUUAA